AUGUGUUCUACUAUGUGGUUUGUUACACACAAGAAAUUUAAUCGUAUUACUGAUCUUCUUAUUCGAUCAGGGGUUAUUGACGUGACGCUACCGAUUGGUAGAUCACGCAUUUACGAUCGCCAGGCCACUCUCUUACAUCUGGCCGCAGGUUCUGGAAAGCUUUGUCGUGUUAAGCUUCUUCUGCAACAUGGCGCUGAUCUUAAUGCAAAAGAUAGUAAGAACAAAUCGGUGCUGCACUAUGCCAUAACUUGCAAAAACGUCGCCGUAACCGAUUACCUGGUGUCCGCCGGAGCGGACGUUAACGCUAGAGAUCGGCAAGGACUAAGUGUAUUACACUACGCUAUACUCUCGGGUUCUAACGAAGUAAUAGACAUUUUGAUACAAAACGGAGCCGACUUGGAAGCCGUAGACGAAAGAGGUUGGAGCGCGAUGCACAUCGCAGUACUUGUGCUCAGCACCGGAUCAAAUAUAUUCAUUGAUCAUGAUGGAGUCAGCCUGGACACAAGGAAUAUCUUGAACUUGAGGCCAACGCGCGUUGCUAUCGAUUUGACGAGAGAAAGGAUCGUUUGUAUGCUGCUGGACCAUGGUGCGAACAUCAACAUGAAAACUCAGGAAGGACACUUUCCACUUUUUUACGCCGUGAUCACUGGCCACCGAAACAUGGUCAAACUGUUAAUCUCCAAAGGAGCUGGCUUAAAUAAUCAGACAGUAGACGGAGAGACAGCCUUGAUCGCGGCUUGCCAACGAGGACUCAGCAAAAUAGUGGAGAUUCUACUCUGCAACCACGCUGAUGUUGCUUUAAAAAGUAAGCACGGAGCCAUUGCCUUGUCAUCAGUGGGACAGGACGACCAAACGGCUCAAGUCAUCGUAAGACACAUCGCCAAGUUAAAAGCUGGGAAGCAGUUGGUCGACGAGAACAGCCUGAAAGCGAUAAGGCUCAAUGAGGAGCUUCAACGAUACUACGACAAGUGUGAGUCCGAACUUGAAAGGAUGAAGAAUGAAAAGAUCGAGGAGAGUUGUAAUAUGUCUUACUAUUACAUACUCUCCAAAAAUCUAGAGAAGAUCGCAUCGCUGGCCAAGAAUUACGAUGUUGUUAAGGCAUUCGAGAAGGAUGAAUUCCGAGACAAAUAUCCAAUCUACGCUAAGGAACUAGAGACCAAGUUUACGGAAGCCAUGGCCAGGAGGAAUUUCAGCCACAACAUGGAACAUUGUUUAAGAAACACCCUUUCAAAUUUCCAUGUACCCGAUGUUGCUAUUAAAAAUAUUGUCAGUUAUCUGCGAUUCGAAGAUUUCAACGUAUAA